AUGAACCCGCAACUUUUUCAAAAUUGUCUACUUCAUUCUAAAAAAUUUUACAUUCGAAUAAUUAUUGUACUUGAUUUCGAGCUCUGACCAAAUAGUCAGAAGUUUCUGUACGUACAGCGGAUUAGUUGUCGGUGAUCAGUCUUGACUCCCUCAGCCAACUCGUAACGUUCUCAUGAACGCAAUUGAUACAGUCAGCGACGUGUCAGUGACAGAUAACUGCGCAAACUAGGUCAUGACUUGUCGCCGACUAUCAGUUUGCUGAUUGUCAGCAAACACGCUGUACGAACAAACCAUUAUACGGUUUAUGACUUAUCAGGGGUGCAACUUCAUAGGUAACAUGCGUAAAGUAUUCCGCUACAUGCCACUGCUCCAAAUCGGUUCUAAUGCUACGCACCCUGUAUACAUUUCGUAGAUUCAGUAGGCAGUAAGAUUGGUAAGCGAACUGUUCAUCAUUCCCAUCUCUAGUAAGUUUGUGACCUUGACAGUCUUCAUCUGUCACAUUUCAGGUUAGAAUUCUUUCUUUUUUAUCAAAACCGCCAUACAGACAAGACGUAUUUAUUGGCUUUUCCUUCCAGAAACGUUAAAAGAACAAACAUUUGUGCGUCUAGUGAUCUAACCUGCAAUUAUUUGCUUUUAUUCCGCAAAUAUUUUAUUCUGUGCAUUAUAUUUAUCGCCAAAAAUUGA